GGUUUCCAGUUUCCAAACCUGAGGUGAUAUCCCAGCUGGAACCAGGGGAAGAACUGUGGGUCUCAGAUCUCCAGGGCUCAGAGGAAAGAGAGAUCCUGAGAAGAACCUGCACAGGAGACGAUGGGGUAGUGAGUGAGAACAAGGAGGAGAAUCCAGAGAAGGAAGAUGUUGAGCAUGUGGAACUGUGCGGGGGAUUAUCACGAAGAACUAAAGGAAAUGUGUCCUGGAGUCAUGAGGUGAUGCAGCAGGGAAACCAGCCAGGGGAGGAAGUGGGCAAAUCCAUCAGUUGUGAGGAAAACAACCUCAAGGAAACCGCUGCUCAGCAGAGAAUCCUCAAGGGAGAGAGAAAAAACAUAUGCUCUCAAUGUGGGAAAAUCUUCCCUCUGCGCUCACACCUUAUUAUACAUGAGAGAAUCCACACGGGAGAGAGACCCUAUGAAUGCUGUGAAUGCCGGAAAACCUUCACUCGACGGUCAACCCUUAUCAGCCAUCAGAGAACCCACACAGGCGCAAGACCUUAUGAAUGCUGUGAGUGCGGGAAAACCUUCACUCGGCACUCAGAUCUUAUCAGACAUCAGAGAAUCCACACAGGCGCGAGCCCCAGUGAAUGCUCAGGGUUUCCAGUCUCCAGACCUGAGGUGAUGUCCCAGCUGGAACCAGGGGAAGAGCUGUGGGUCUCAGAUCUCCAGGGCUCGGGGGAAAAAGAGAUCCUGACAGGAACCUGCACAGGUGAUCGGAUGGUGAGUCAGAACAAAGAGCAGAAUCCACAGCAGGAAGAUGAGGAGCACAUGGAACUGCAUAGGGGAUUAUCACAAGGAAUUAAACGAAACGUGUCCCCACCAGGGGAGAAAGUGGGUAAAUCCAUCAGUUGUGAGGAAAAUCACAAGGACCUCAAGGAAACCACAGCCCAGCAGGGAAUCCUUAUGGGAGAGAGAAAAAGCAUAUGCCCUGAGUGUGGUAAAACCUUCCCUCGACACUCACACCUUAUUUUACAUCAGAAAAUCCACACAAGAGAGACAGCCUAUGAAUGCUGUGAUUGCGGGAAAACGUUCACUCGACGCUCAGACCUUAUCAGACACCAGAGAACCCACAUGGGCGCUAACCCGUAUGAAUGCUGCCAGUGUGGGAAAAUCUUCCCUUGGCAUUCACAGCUUAUUAUACAUCAAAGAAUCCACACAGGAGAGAGACCGUAUGUAUGCUGUGAGUGCGGGAAAGCCUUCACGCGACGCUCACAUCUUAUUAGACAUCAGAGAACCCACACUCAAGAGCGACCCUUUGAAUGCUGUGAAUGCAGGAAAACCUUCUCUCAGAGCUCAACCCUGAUUAGACAUCAGAGAACUCAUGUUUGUGAGAGGCCCUAGGAAUGUUGUGAGUAUAGAAAAAACUUUUCUGUUCAAUCAGCCCUUAUUAAUCAUCAGAGAUUCCAGAAAGGACAGAGACCCUGUGAAUGUUGUGAGUGCGGGAAAAUUUUCAUUUACUACUCAGACCUUAGGAGAUAAUAAAUGGUCCACACAGGAUUGACACCUUAUACAUGUUCUGAGAGUGGGAAAAAAAACUUCUAUCAGAGGUCACGCGUUAUUUAUCUUCAGUGAAGCCAUAAAGGAGAUAAACACCAUAAAUACCUUGUCUAGGGCUAACAAUAAAAUGUUUAUUUUUCCUUUAAAUUUUUUGGUAUUUAGCCUGUUAGAGCCAUUUACUUCAUUGUGGUCCCUCUGCUCCCCCAGGUGAGUUGUCCAGUUUUGCUUUUUGCAGGUUGCCCUUCUUUGGGUGAAUCCCCAAAGACCCUUUCUAUCAUCUGUUUUGUUCUAUUAGUCACGGAAGUAUGAGUCCCUCUUAUUAGGAAUGCACAUCAGCUCCAGGUUGGUGAAAUACAA